AUGAUUGGUAGAAUUGGAGCUAAAAGAUUCUUGUCUCAAUCAAGAAGACUUCUCAAUGAAGUUCCAAAAGUAAAUCCAAUUCCAAAGAAAACUGGAUUUUUCAAGAAAUUCAUUAGAUACACAAUUGGUGCUACUGCCUUAGCAACUUUUGGUUCUGUUGGUUUUGUUGGUUAUAAAAUUUAUGAAGAAUCGGUUCCAGCUAAUCAAAUUAAACAAUCUCCAGUUUUCCCAAAUGGUGAAAAGAAAAAGACUUUAGUCAUUUUAGGUUCUGGUUGGGGUUCAAUUUCAUUAUUAAAGAAUUUAGAUACUACCUUAUAUAAUGUUGUUGUCGUUUCUCCAAGAAAUUACUUCCUUUUCACUCCAUUAUUACCUUCUGUCCCAACCGGUACUGUUGAAUUAAGAUCCAUUAUUGAACCAGUUAGAUCUAUUACUAGAAGAUUACCUGGUGAAGUUAUCUACUUAGAAGCCGAAGCUACUGACAUUGAUCCAAAGAAUAACCAAAUUACUAUCAAACAAUCUACUACUGUCCAUUCUGGUCAUUCCGGUAAAGAUACCUCUUCUUCCAAAUCUACUGUUACUGAAUAUACUGGUGUUGAUGAAAUUACAACUACCUUAAAUUAUGAUUAUCUUGUUGUCGGUGUUGGUGCUCAACCAUCCACUUUUGGUAUUCCAGGUGUUGCUGAAAACUCUACUUUCUUAAAGGAAGUCUCUGAUGCUGCUGCUAUCAGAAGAAGAUUAAUGGAUGCUAUUGAAGCUGCUAACAUCUUACCAAAGGGUGAUCCAGAAAGAAAGAGAUUAUUACACGUUGUUGUCUGUGGUGGUGGUCCAACUGGUGUUGAAGCCGCUGGUGAAAUCCAAGAUUACAUUGACCAAGAUUUAAGAAAAUGGGUUCCAGAAGUUGUUGAUGAAUUGAAGGUUACCUUAGUUGAAGCUUUACCAAAUGUCUUAAACUCUUUCUCUAAACCAUUAGUUGAAUAUACCAAGCAAGUCUUUAAGGAAACUAACAUUAACUUAAUGACUAACACUAUGGUUAAGAAAGUCGACGGUAAAACCGUUACUGCUACUCACAAGAAUGAAGACGGAACCACUGAAAACCUUGAAAUUCCCUACGGUAUGUUAAUUUGGGCCACUGGUAAUGCUCCAAGAGAUUUCACUCGUGAUUUAAUGUCUAAGAUUGACGAACAAAAGAAUGCUAGAAGAGGCUUAUUAGUCGAUGAAAGAUUACAUUUAGAUGGUUCUGACAAUAUCUUCGCCCUUGGAGAUUGUACUUUCACUAAAUAUCCACCAACUGCUCAAGUUGCUUUCCAAGAAGGUCAAUACUUAGCUGAAUACUUGAGUAAAUUACAUAAUGUUGAAGCCCUUAAAUACAGAAUUUCAAACCCAACUGAUAAGGACAAUGUUGACAAAUUAUUUAAGAAAUUAGAAAGAGCCGAAUCCAAAUUGCCAGUCUUUGUUUACAACUACCAAGGUUCCUUAGCUUAUAUUGGUUCCGAAAAGGCUGUUGCUGAUUUAGUAUGGGGUGAUUGGUCUAACAUUACAUCCGGUGGUAACUUCACCUUCUUAUUCUGGAGAUCUGCUUAUAUCUACAUGUGUCUUUCUGUCAGAAACCAAUGUUUGGUUAUCUUGGAUUGGCUUAAGGUUUCCAUGUUUGGAAGAGAUUGUUCUAAGGAAUAG